GGAAAGAACACAUCCAGAGGAGGAAGGAGGAUGGAAAAUGCAGGUCCAGAAUGUGCAGAUAAAAUAGCUGCCAAUCCCCUGGAGAGAGAGACAGUCGGACCAGGGAAAAGAGAAACUGCAGGAGAGAUGGGGGAGAGAAAGGGAGGAGAACAAGAGCAAAUAAUUUGCAACAGUAGUGAUAACUGAAUGUGGCAAAUCGGGCAGCUCUGCAGACGAGAGACACAUUUGUCUUAUCUUAUUUAAUCUGAACCAUUCAAAACAAUUAAGUGUUCAUCCGGAGUCAUCUGAAGGCAUAUACACUGUGGCACACUCAUGGCAUUGUGACAGUUCAACCGAAACCAAAUACUAGCAGUUGAAAUGGAGUAAUGAGUUGGGGAAAACAGUCAAGCAAGGAGUUGUGGAGCCGGAAAGAUGACACUGAAGAUGAGGACAUCGUCUAUACUCACGACUUCAUUUUCUACCUCUUCUACGCUGUCCAUCCUCCCCCAGACCCUGAACAUAAACUCCUCUGAACAACCUAGUCCUUGGCUGAACAGCAGCACCUGGUCACCUGUCAAAUCUUCAGGUUUUGGGAUGUCCUGCUUUACCAUGACGUUUGGUGCCAUCUCCAACCUCACUGCUCUGGGAAUCUUGGCCCGUGUCCGAUACCGCCAAUCAAAAUCACCAUUUCUGCUACUGACAGUGGCUUUGCUUUUGGCUGACCUGGGAGGCCAUGUGAUCACAGGCGCCUUUGCUUUGUAUUUGCACAUGGAUCGACGUCAUACACCGCAAGCCACGAAACCCACCAAGGAAUUCUGUCAGAUCUUUGGGGCAAGUAUGGUGUUUUUUGGCUUAUGCCCUUUGCUGUUUGGUUGUGCCAUGGCAGUGGAGCGCUGUGUGGCCAUCACCAAGCCCUUUUUCCACGCUGCCAUGAUCACAUUUGCUCAUGUGUGGCGAGUUGUGUUAUUUCUGUCCUCUGUUGCACUUGUGCUGGCAGUUCUACCCUUAUUUGCUGUGGGGACUUACACUACGCAGUCUCCUGGGACAUGGUGUUUCUUGCCUAUCCAUGGCCCACAGUCUACAGCUGACACCAAUCUGACUCUGGCCUUCUCAUGUCUGGGCCUCACUGCACUAACUCUUUCCCUACUCUGCAACAUUGUCAGUGGUCUGGCAUUGCUGCACGCCAGAAUGAAAUCCUACGAUGUUAAUACAAAAUCAGCAGCUCGCUGUACGCGCCAUGCAUCGUCUGCGUCGUCUUCCUCCUUGUUUUGUUCGUUGGAUGUGGAAAUGAUGGCUCAACUGGCAGUGGUCACUGUGGUUUCCUCUGUAUGCUGGAGCCCCUUUCUUAUCCACAUUCUUGUGAUGCAGCUCAACCAAAGCUCCAGAGACUCAUCUCAUGGGAAUGAUGGGUUUAUUCUUCUGGGCUUACGUAUGGCCUCCUGGAAUCAGAUCUUGGACCCUUGGGUUUACAUCUUACUGAGGAGGACAGUGCUUUUCAGAGUUUUCUCUGCUUUCUACACACAGAAACCCAUAGUGACAGCUAAUAACUUCUGUGCAGACACACGCAUGCGGGCUCUCAGUCUGCAAUGAGAAUGCUCUUGAACUUUUUGUCUCUUAUGUACUGAAAUAAAUUAUUUCUUUCAUGUGUGUUAAGAAAAUAAAAUAAACUUUGCUGUGUUAUUUUCAA